UAACUUGCCACAAAUGUCAAACAGAACUUCAGCAGAUUGGUGAGAAAACUGAACUGAGUGAAAUGAUAAAAGUUCUCAUUUGUUAUUGAGACAUAAAUUCCUCGUAUUGAGUUAUAGUAUGAUAUUGUAUGAAUUUGCAUAGUGUUUAAUCAAAUAGUUCGAAACGUUAUUAGUGUGAGUGGGGUUGCAAAGGCAGGAGUUUUAAUACAAAGUGAUAAAAAAUGGCAGCCUUACCAAGAAGAAUAAUCAAGGAAACUCAACGAUUAAUGCAGGAACCCGUGCCAGGAAUUAGCGCUGUUCCAGAUGAAAGCAAUGCUCGUUAUUUCCAUGUAAUUGUAACUGGACCGGAAGACUCACCAUUUGAAGGUGGCCUUUUCAAGCUAGAAUUAUUCCUGCCUGAAGACUACCCUAUGUCGGCACCAAAAGUUCGAUUUAUUACAAAGAUAUACCAUCCAAAUAUAGACAGACUAGGUAGAAUUUGUCUAGAUAUCCUAAAAGAAAAGUGGUCUCCAGCACUUCAAAUACGUACAGUACUAUUAUCAAUUCAGGCUUUAUUAAGUGCACCAAACCCAGAUGAUCCUCUAGCAAAUGAUGUUGCCGAAUUAUGGAAAGAAAAUGAGUCUGAGGCUAUUAGAAAUGCUAAAGAGUGGACACGAAGAUACGCUAUGGACAAUUAAUUACGUUGAUAAAAUAUCCUAAACAUUAUACUUUUAACUUCUAGAUAAUGGAUUCUGUAGGCUGGCACAUACAUUCAUCUUACUGUUUUAGUACGUUUAUUAUAUAGAAACAGACAAAAAUUAUAUCAGUCAUAUAAUAUUUGGUAAGUUUCGAAUAGUACAUAUGAUCAAUGUGCUAAUGUGAAAACAUCUGUAAUUGCCAGUCUAUUUCAUCUAUCUUUCAUUUUAUGAAGAAAACAUUCCAAAUCACAACCACUUCUCAUCUGAAGCAUACAUUGAAUAUUCGGGGAUUUUUUGUCGCUACUUUGAACAUAUUUUAGGCAUAAUGCUUUUUUAUUUCCAGUGACUGCAAGCGCUAGUCAGGUUGCAAUACUACGCAUAGUUUUUAUUGAUAUUCUCUAUUGCAACAUUAAGUGAUUUGGAAUGUUCCUUAUUAUCGCGUAAUUAACAUGGUAAUUCCAUGUUCAUUUUUAACAUUGACUAAACGGAAUCAAACAUUUUCCGCGGUCGUGCAGAGCCAAAGUUAUAAAAUUUAACUUUAAAUCAAUUUGAGAGUGAAAUUACCAUGUCCCUUACAAUAGAGUUCGAAGAAAUGUGUUGCAAGAUGUAUAAUCUAUUUUGAAACCCAUAUUAACGAUGUAACUGAGUUUUAUCAUAUAGUUUAAUGUUAUUUGGAGACAGUGGCAUAAAGGAAGAUUGUAAUCAAUUUCAGCAUUUUAUCACUAAAUCAAAAUUACUUACGACGCAUUAAAGCCCCGUUUGUAGGUUUUUGGUAUUUACCAAAUAGAGAACAAUAUAUAAUUGACCAAACAUUUACGCUUUGGUAUAUUAUUUCAGUGCUAGGCAUGUUUAAAAGGGUGAACUGUAGUUUGUUGUAAAUAAAGUUAUGUAAGGCUUUUUACGAAUAAAUUCCUUUCAAUAAUC